AUGCAAUUUAUCUAUGUUUUACCGGGAUGGGAAGGCUCGGCUGCGGAUGGUAGAGUACUUCGAGAUGCCCUACUUAGGCCACAUGGAUUGAAGGUCCCAAGACCGGUAUGUGUGAUGGAAAAAACCAGAAACUAUCGCAACUGGACAAUAACUGAAGAUGUGAAGCUCAUGGAAGCAUUGGUAAAUAUGGUCAACAUGGGCGGAUUUAAAGCCGAUAAUGGUUUUAAAUCUGGAUAUUUACAACAUCUAGAAAGCGCAUUGAAGGAAAAAAUUCCUAGUUCUCGCAUAUUGGGUAAACCCCACAUUGAGUCAAGGAUCAAAACCAUGAAAAAGGAUUGA